AUGACAACCUUACAAAAAAAAUCCAUAGUCAGGUGACGAGUUCUUGUGACAGCUACCAUUUCAAGAAAAUUUUGCCUAAAAUCCUCAAAAAAAAUAUACAAAAAUGGCUCUUCAGGCUGCAGUAAAAGGAAAACUAAUCAGUGUUAUAGGAGAUGAAGACACUUGUGUCGGAUUUCUCCUUGGAGGGAUCGGCGAAAUCAACAAGAACAGACAUCCAAAUUUCAUGGUAGUUGACAAAAAUACUCCGGUAAGUGAAGUUGAAGAAUGCUUCAAGAGAUUUGUUAAACGUGAUGAUAUUGACAUAAUCCUGAUCAACCAAAACAUUGCUGAAAUGAUCCGACAUGCGAUCGACUCACACACCGCACCAGUCCCAGCAGUAUUAGAGAUUCCAUCAAAGGACCAUCCCUACGAUGCUUCCAAAGAUUCUAUUCUCCGUCGUGCUAAGGGCAUGUUCAACCCAGAAGACCUGGUACGCUAAAAUAAUUUUAAAAAUUAUGCAUGAGUUUUUGUCUGACUGCAACAGACUGGCAGUUGUAUAUAUGCCACUUACGAAGAAAAGUAACUAACAAAUUAAUUAUGAUAUGGAUUUUUGCAUUUAAUCAUUUUCAGUGUGCAUUUUUUGACAGUUUAAAAUAACAUUCCGCACAGAUAAUAAAUUAUAUUUUUAUCCUGUUAAACUUGUGUGAUAAACCAUUUAUAUAGAUAAAAAGAUAUUAAUAAAUAAUUAGUUCAAUAAAUAAAAAAAUGUAUAAAUAAUAGAUUGUUGAAGUUGUAUUAUAAUAUAUCCCCAUAAA